GAUGCCUACUUGGCUGUACUUUGUCAAGCACAACAAGACAAUGGAAGAAAUAUCUUGCAUAUAACUGCUGCAGUAAUGACCAACAUAUGCAAAGGAGAUUCAAUUGGAAAUCAGAAUCUAUUCCAAAUGAAAAUCUUAACAGAUUAUGAGAUGAUAUGUGGAGUGUAUAAUCAAGCAGGGAAUCACUGGGACCUAGUGAUAUUAACACCAACUGAUGGACGAAUACAGUUUUACAAUCCAAUGGGUUUCGAGGCACCAGUUGCGUAUCAAGUUCAAAGAAACUGGAGUGACUAUUUGGCAUAUAGAACCCACUUAUUUGCAGAAAAAACAAUAGAAUGGAAAUUGUAUGUUGAAAAACAUGCUUUGCAGUUAGAUGGUUACAAUUGUGGUGUAUAUUGUUUAAUGUUUGCAGAGAGAAUACUGUCAAAAAAAGAAUUAACAGGCAUUACACAAAUAGAGGUCCAGGAAAAAAGGAAAGAAAUUGCAGAGACCUUAUUACUGUAUGAAGUUUAUAUGAAAGAUGCUUGUCCCUGCUGUGGAUUUAAUGUUCAAGAACAGCCUUGUAUUGGUUGUUUAAUUUGUGGUAGACACUUCCAUAAACUUCCUUUCUGUGUUGGUGAGAGCCUUGCCAAGGAAGAUGCUAAUUUUUUCACUUGCAAGAUGUGCGAAAACAAUAUCAUUCCAGACACAAUAGAUUUAGGUGGAAUAUUGGAAGAAAAGCCUGUUAAAGAUUCAAUUAAUCCAGAUCAAUACUGUGAACCAAAACCAGAAAUGAAGAAGACUUUUACCGGAACAACUGCCCUGUUUGUGAAAAACCUCAUUGAAUCUGUAAGACAAAUAAUAUGGACUACUAGCAUAAGUAACAUUACUGUUUGAUGGUCCAUAAAAUAUUUUAUAUGAUACUAUUAUAACACCUAAACCAAUUGAUUUCAACACCUGUCUUAUUACUGCAAAGUUAAAUGACUCAACCAAAUGGUAUGCAACUUAUACACAAUAUGUAUUACCACAAAACUUACAUCAA